GCGGCCACAGGGCGGCUGCACCAGGAGGUGCGUGUCCGGCCCAAGACGGGAGCCCCAGGCCAGGGAGGGGCAGAGGCUGGGCCUGAGGCCUGGGCCGGCCACUGGACUAGUGCUCGGUGCCUGCCGGAAAGAUGAAGACUUGUCUUUUAAGGAUGACAACGUGCAGGAAAGGCCUGUCAACUGAUCUCCCCUACUGUGGGCCCACAGCACCCCUCAGACCCCACACUACCCACACUCACUGCUUGGCCUGUGGCCCUACCUUUUCUCUGAGGUCUUCUCUUACUCCAUCGUUCCCCAGGACAGGGAAUUAGCCAGAAACAGAGUCCCCUUUCUGUCUGUGACAGUGUUUCCCUCCCUACAGUAACCUGUCCACAGGCCCAUCCAACCAUCAUUGUCCCCAGCCUGACAUCUUUUCUCACCCUCUUCCCUUCACCCAGGGAACCCUCUCCCUCUCUGCUCCACCCCCAACCUCCUUUGUCUUGGUUUCCUGGUCAUGACUGCCUCCCUGUCCCCUCCCACACCCAUUUGCCCACCAUCCUCCCAGCCGUCCCAGCACCCUCCUUCCUAAUCUUGGGAGGCAUCUUGUCUGGCUGAACUGGAGAAUUCCGGGAUCCAGGCCAUACUCCCUAGCCGACAGCCCCAUCCUUGGGAGGAGGAGCAGGAGGGGAAGCGCUGGGGUGGGGGGUGAUGGGACAAGGUCAGGCCAGGAGGCCCCUGAGGACGGAGACUUCGAGGGGACUGGGACUGAGGGGAAAGCCAAGGAGCCGGGGCCCUGGCCCCGAGGAAGAGGGGGGCCAGCAGGAGGUAUUUGCGGGGGAAGUUCAGCAGCUGUCUUCCCUGAGACAGGGACACAUGGGCCUGGUUAUCCGUCUUGUCAUAUAUGGCGUGGUAGGCGAUGGAAAAGGGAGACAGACAGGGCAAGCUCAGGAGAGCUCGAGCACAGAGGGAAGUGGCAUUAGCUGUCGGAGCCACUAAGCCCUCCCACAGAGGGGCCCCUGAGCCCAGCCUAACCACCCCCUGCACACACCCCUCACCUUGCAGUCCUCUCAAAUGGUCCAGACCCUUUUCCUAUAACACUGACCAAUGACAGGGUCAUUCCCUAAAACAGGCAAUGCCCACAUUGCCACUGGGACAGGGGGAAUAAGACAUGACCCCCAAGGGGUUAUAGGAGACAAAGGCAGGAAAGCAAGAGCCCUAGUGGGUCUCAGCAGCAGGUGUGUUGUCCAGGGAAAAGAAUCUGGCCAGAUAGGAACUGAAAAACCCACCAGUCUAAAACUAGAACCAGAUCUCUGCUCCUCUUCCACAGGAACAAAAAUGUCCUGCCAGAUUUCUCCUGGGAAAAAAGACCUGUUCCCCUCCCAUCUUCUCCCCCAGCCAGGUCUCAGGUUUCCCAUCUCCUAGAAAAAGAUGGAUCCCCCUGUUGAAAUCCUCCCUGUGGCUCCCCGGAGUGCGGCCUGCUGUGCACCGGGGUCCUGGAGCCCUUCUCCACCCGGAUAGAUUCCAGACCCUCUUCCUCAGCCCACCUGUGCCCCACUGUGCAAGAAGUGCCAGAGCCCAAGCCGCCUCCAUGGCCCCAGGAAGGAUUCAGGGGAGAGGCCCCAUCCAGGGAGCCACUCCUACCAGACAGCCUGGCCAGAAUGGAGCUGACUGAACUGCUCCUCGUGGUCAUGCUUCUAACUGCAAGACUGGAUCUGUGUCUCCCGGCUCCUCCUGCCUGUGACCCCCGUCUCCUAAAUAAACUGCUUCGUGACUCCCAUGUCCUUCACAGCAGACUGAGCCAGUGUCCAGACGUUAACCCUUUGUCCACACCUGUCCUGCUGCCUGCUGUGGACUUUAGCUUGGGAGAAUGGAAAACCCAGAAGGAGCAGACCAAGGCACAGGAUGUUCUGGGAGCCACGGCCCUUCUGCUGGAAGGAGUAAUGGCAGCCCGGGGACAACUGGGACCCACCUGCCUCUCAUCCCUCCUGGGACAGCUUUCUGGACAGGUCCGCCUCCUCCUUGGGGCCCUGCAGGGCCUCCUGGGAACCCAGCUUCCUCCACAGGGCAGGACCACAACUCACAAGGACCCCGACGCCAUCUUCCUGACCUUCCAGCAACUGCUCCGGGGAAAGGUGCGCUUCCUGCUGCUUGUCAUAGGGCCCACCCUCUGUGCCAAGCAGGCCCUCCCCACGACAGCUGUCCCAAGCAAUACCUCUCUACUCCUCACACUGCACAAGCUCCCAAACAGGACUUUUGGAUUGUUGGAGACAAACUCCAAUGUCUCAGCCAGAACUACUGGCUCUGGACUUCUGAAGAGGCUGCACGGAUUCAGAGCCAAGAUUCCUGGUCUGCUGAACCAAACCUCCAGGUCCCUAGACCAAACGCCUGGACCCCUGAACAGGACACACGGACCCUUGACUGGAACCCAUGGACUCUUUCCUGGACCCUCACCCACAGCCCUAGGAGCCCCAGACAUUCCUCUGGGAGCUUCAGACAUGGACUCCCUGCCCCCCGACCUCUGGCCUGGAUAUUCUCCUUCCCCAACCCAUCCUCCUAUUGGGCAAUACACACUCUUCUCUCCUUCACCCACCUCGCCCACCCCCCCGGAGCCAGCUCCAACCUCCAUCUCCUGACUCCUCUGUCACACCCCACUCGACCAGUCCUCUUCUAAUUGCAGCCCACCCUCACUUCCAGAAUCCAGCUUAAGAGGAGUAAGGUACUCUGGCCCUGCCAGCAUCAGCACUGUCUCCAUGUAAACUUCCCUUUCUGGGAGGGGAGGCCCUGGGAGUCAAGUUAUACCAGAUUUCCUGCUUUCACCUGAAACCCAAACCCCUGCUAAUGGGGGAUACACGGGACAGAAAAGGGGAUCAUUUUUCACUGUAUAUUGUAAAACUUCAGAAGCUAUUUUUUUAAACUAUCAAUAAUAUUCACCAGAGCAGCUAGCUAGUUAUCUUUGGUCUGUUUUCUGCACAAAUUUACAGCUUACUAAUUCUCUACGUGCUCUUUUUCAUACAACAAUUCUGCAAAGGGCUGGACCGGCCUGACUUCUGAAUGGAGGUAGAAACUAACCUUACAUCAGAAAACAGGGAAAAAAAGAGCUUUGGUUUUCUGCUCAGAACUAAGGUUAGUCUCUUUAUCCCCUUUACUUUCAUUCUCAGUGGGACUCUGAUCUCCUUUUCUUAGGAGAUCCCUACUCUUGUCU